AUGACAAGAUUGGAACUGCUGCUGAUGCUGCGUGCCCUCCGGGAAUGCGAGACGCACUCCCUGUCGUGGAUUGGCAUCUGGAACAACGAACCACUCGGGAUGGGGAAUCAGGUGAUGAAGUCCGACGCCGGAGCUUUGGCCUGCUACUCGGCCAUUUUACUCUCCUCUUUCACGCUCCUGCUCAGCGUCGUCUACUUCCCGUCGAUGACCAACAACAUUCACGACAUCCAGUCCAACCUACAGACCCACAACGACGAGUUCAAAGUCCUUGAGCGUGAGGUGAGGGAUAAUAUGCGUGGCUUGGAGCGAUCGGGACUGAAACGCGAGAAGCGCCAGGCCUAUGAGAUUGGCACAUGCGGUAAG